GAAAAACACUCCUCAAGCACUCUUGAAUAUCUCUCUUCGACCGAAUUGGAAAGCAAUUUACAACUCUGGAAUUUAUUAAAAAAAUUUAAUCUUUUUCCUCCCCUCAACAAAAUAGAAUCCGUUCGAAAUGUCUCAAACUUUAUGGUCCCGCAAGAAUACUGGCCCUCAAGAAGAACCAUUGGCCAACGAUGGUGUAGCCACUCCUAGUACUACUGAAUCUCCUUUCAAUAGAGGAACUGUUCCUCCUAAUGAAGCUGGUAAAAGGUACACCAUGAGUGAAGUUUUCCAAGUAUGGUACGAUAACAAGGACGAAAUCCUCAACAGUUUCCAAGAUCAAACGGGUCAACCUCUGCAAGGUAAUUUGAAUGAAAAUUACAAGUUAUCUCGUCCAGGUCAAAUUUAUCAUUUAGAUCUCCAAGCUUUGGAAAGUUCAAAGAAAAUCUCAUCUUCAUCGACAUCUUCAUCAUUGCAAGAAAGGGCCACUAGUGAGGUGACUGUUCCAGAAGGUAAGCUUGCAUCAUUAUCAAUUGGUGGAGAAGACGGUAGUAACAAUCUUAGUCAUAGUUCUUCCACAUUCAUCUCCAAUUCAUCAUCUUCACUCCCACCUCCUCCAGGAAUCCCUGCCCCAUCGGUAAACCCUUCUCCGUCCACGUCAUUCUUGACUCCAGACAAGAUCGAAUGGUUUUAUGUUGAUCCGAGUGGAAAUGAACAAGGUCCAUUCAAUGGAGAUUUGAUGCAGGAAUGGCUCACUGAUGGAUACCUUCAUUUGGAUUUACGUAUUAGAAGAAGAGAAGAAGUUACAUUCCAAUCAUUGAAGGACUUGUGUGAUAGUGUUCAGAACUACAUUCAGCCAUUUAGAGUUCCUCUCCCUGAUUUGUCUUUCCAACAGCAACAACACCAGCAUCAUCAACAACAACACCAGCAACAACACCAACAGGAACAACACCAUCAGCAACAACAACAACAACACCAAGAGCAGCAACACCACCAGCAACAACAACAACAACACCAUCACCAGCAACAACAACAACACUCUCAGCCUCAACCUCAGAACCUGGCUCACUCCCAGAUUCAUCAAUUCUUGUCAAGUCCAGGUUCAUCGACAUCCAUGAAUUUAGGAGCUGCGGGAAUGAGACUUACGGGUAGUAUGACCCAACCAUUGUUUGGGGGUGAUUUCAUUAAUCAUUCAGAUCCAUUUUCUAACGGUCUGGCUAACAAUGGAGGCUUCCCUGGUCCACAACCUGGCCUGUUUGGAAUUGAUUCGCUCAAUUUCAAUGCUCAACCAUUGCAUCACCACCACAUGCCUUCCUUGCUUCAGCAACUGAUUCAACAACUGCAACCUGUAUUGUCCCGCACAAAUAGUGGUUGGGGUAUUGCUGAUAACUCAGGAUUGAUUGGAAGCGCUCCCGGAACCCCUGUUGCAGUUCCUAGUGUUCUCCAACAAAGCAUCAACCAACCUACCCCAAUUUCACCUUGGUUAUCUGGAGUCCCUCAUUCAAGAGUUAGCUCUCCAUUUAUCCCUGCAACUUCUCUCUCUGAAAAGGUAGAAGAAAGAGUUCCUGAUAACGUUUUAGAACCUGAAAGGGUGAAUGAAGAUCGUAAGGAGGAUGUCAAACCAUCAUCACUUUCUUCUGUCACCAACAAUUCUGAUUCAAUUACUCAACAACCAUCCACCAGUCCAACCAAACAAAUGAAAUCUGUUCCAAUGACUAAAGAUACUAGUGGUAGUACCACUAAAACUUCCGCCGCUAGUGCAGUCUCACCAGCAUUAGAAUCAGAAUCUAAUGUUGUCGAGCAUGUUUCUAUUCCUGCUGUCCAGGCUGCUCAAGCUGCUCAAGCUGCACAAGAUGCGCAAGAUGCUCAAAAUGCUGCUGAAGAAAAAGAAGUUAAAUCUACUGAAUCUGUACAAGAGCAACCAACACCUGUAAGCAGUACUCCUACAUUAGCACCAUGGGCCAAGGAAUCUACACCAGUUACUCAACCAAAGCUCACUCUCAAGGAAAUUCAACGUCUUGAAGCUGAAGAAUUAAAGAAGCAAAAGCAAAUUCAACAAGAGCUUAAUGAACAAGCUGCUAGAGCUGCUAACCAAGCUUGGAAUGAAGAACAAGCUGCUGCUCUCGCCGAAAGACAACCAGCACUUCCAAAGACUUCUGGUUGGGCAACCACCCCAAUACAACCUAUUGUUAGUAAGAAGACAUUAGCUGAUAUUCAAAGAGAAGAAGCUGAAGCCAAGGCUAAGGCCAAUGCUGCCUUGGCUGCUUCUGCUUCUGCUUAUGGAUCUACUGCGGUAAACUCUACUAGGCCAUCAUUUGCUAGUGCCAUUGCUAGCAGCACUCCAAAGGAUGAUGGCGCUUGGACUGUUGUACCAAAGAAGGCUACUGUUCUUAAGAAGACUGUUAGUAAGACGUCUACUAACGCCACAUCCAGCUCUAAGGUUGAUCCACAAAUGUUACGUUCAGUUUCUGCUGCUAGACCUGUUUCUUCAAUUAACGCAGGUGCUAUUCGUGAAGAAUUCCUUAUUUGGGCUCGUUCUUCAAUGACAAACUUGUAUCCGACCGUUUCCAAGGACGACUUGUUGGAUAUCUUCCUCACAUUACCUGCUAAGAGUCCUGACUCCUUGCUGUUGAUUUCUGAAACUAUCUAUAGUUCUUCUGCUACAAUGGAUGGACGUAGAUUUGCUAAGGAAUUCCUCGAAAGAAGAGCCAAGGUUGAACAACAAGUUGGUACUUCUAACGAUUGGUCUUCUGCCAUCAUUUCAAGUGCUGACAAGGUUCCAACAGUUGAUGAAGAUGGAUGGAGUACUGGUAAGAAGAAGAAGGGUAGACGUUAAAUACUAUAAACACUAAAAAUAGACAUUUAAACAAGGUAGUAGAUGUAGCUAGUAUUACAUACUAUUAAAAAGUUAUAAGAAGAUAUCAAAGUUGAUGCCUAAAAGACUUGAACUAUGACUUGUUGAAUUUUUUUGGGAACGUGGUGGUGAAACAUGCCAAAAUUAAUUUUAUAAAUGGUGGCUUAAUGAUACCCCACAUAUUGGUACACUAUCUAACCAAUCUAAUUGUAAGCGACUUAAUCCUAAUCAUACAUUCGAAA